AUGUACUACCACAUAGUGUUCUUGGCAGCGGUUGUCUUUAUGAAGCUGGCUUGGCAAGUUCUUGGUACAUAUAGGCCUGCCGAAUUGCAUGACACUCAUGCCCCUCCAGAAGUGCAUCGCCAUUCGAUCCUGAAUGAUCAUCAGAUAGAGAGGAGGAGUCAGCAGCGCUGGGGCAACUUGAAGUUGAUGGUUGUCACUUGCAGAGCAGUCCUGCUCACCUCUAUCAAUGGAGAAGAUGAUAUCCCAAACCCCUCAUCAGAAAGAUAUAUUUCCCAUGUUAUCAAGCAUGGUGAAACUCCUGGGCAACUCUCCAGCUGCGUUCACACAGGCGCUUUCUACCAAUGA